CGGACACCUCGAACAGUCAACACGUUACGGAUGACAAAACUACAUUAUGGCAAGACUGACAAUAGUAUUGACUACCAUUCUGUUGAUAUUACUAAGCAUUGGGAGCAGGCCAUCAAAUGCAAUAGAGGUGGAUGCAGACUGGGACGAAUCAGCGGCUGACAGGAUCGAUCAUUAUCCAGCAGGACCACUUACGUGGCCUGCACGCUUCGAUAACUCGGCCUUCGUAAAACGCACCGUGCAAAGCAGCGAUACGGGCCACCGCGUCUCGAAUUCUGCUGCUGCCAAUGAUGACGAUGUAAAUCUCGAGCCCUCAAUAAGACGGCAACGACGUGACACCGACAGUAAUGUGGAACAACUUAACGCAGCGAAAAACGUUCGAGAGGCAAGGAUGAGCUCGUCAGAAUCUUGGUCGAAACAACCUUCACCUGUUCAGUUUCGUCAGAGGGAAAGUUUAGAAGAGGCUGCGCGUGAUAACUUCGAUGACAGAAAUGACAGCAGCGAGGUGGCAAAUCUACCACCGCUGAUUAGAGCACAUUACGCACCCAAGACAGAUUUCGUGACAAGUGGCAGGAGUAGAGGUUCGGAAGGACGACAUUUACCGUUUCCUCCUGAAGGUCGUGAAUCGAGGGAGAUGCCUGUAUCUAGAUCUUACGAGGAUUAUGACGUGCCGGUGUUUAGGAAUAUCGUUCGAGAACAUGAUUUCGAUGUUCAACUGCCAAGGAAUUAUUACUACCCAAAUCGUUAUCGAUCUCAGCGGGAUUACUAUCCAUACCGAGGUCAUCCCUACGAUACUUACUACGACCGAUAUCGCGACGAUGAUACUAUCGAUUAUGACAUGUAUCCAAGGUAUCGACCAACACCAAAACCGAAAAGGAUUAUUUACUAUGCAACACUGCCAGAAAUUGUAAGAAAACCAAAUGACGUUAGAAGUUAUCCAACUCCACCCUAUGUUCCACUUGUACGGCCAGAAGCUCAGAUUGAAGCAGAUAGAGUCAGAGUAGGACCAAAUACAAUCGAACCGAGCAGAAGACCGAUACCGUAUCCUUAUGACAAUUAUGACAGUUACGUCAAGAGGUCUAGUUACUAUGAUCGCAGACGGCCGUCAUAUUUCGCAGUUCCAGAUGACCGUUUCAAAGAUCAUGACAGAAAUCGAGCAAACUUCAGAGACAAGAUGCGAAGUGAUGAUAGAAAAAUCGAAAAUCAGAUCGGCCGCUCAGAUGAUCGACGGCCACCGCCCAGAUCACUUCAGAUUGGCGCUGAAUUGAAUGUCAAAGAGAAUGAGAGAAUUCCAGGAAGAAAAAUUUUUGGUCAAGUAGAAGGUUACGAAAGGUUUGAGAGUUCAAGACUCAAGAAGACUUCAGGAAAUGCUGAAGCGAAAGAAGCCAACAAUGAGGCAAAUGAUAAUUAUGAAAAUCUUGGUAGCAACAACGCCAAUAGUAAUUAAGAACAAUGCGGAUUCAAUAUUUCGAGGAUUUUAAAUUAAAAAUAAGUUAUUCAAACAUGUUAUUUAUAAAAAAAUAUGUAUGGCAAUGUACCGUGCUGCAUUGUUCUGCAAUUUGAGUAGUAAUGGUAAAAUUAAUAUUAUAAUACAUAAGUCAAGAUAUAUCUUAGAUAGUUUGAAAGUAUACAUGGUAAAUUUUAAGGAAUGAUCACGCAGUUACUAAUUUUAUUUUGAACUGAGGUUUA